UUCCGUCAUCGACGAAGUCUCGUUGGACGCGGAAGGAGGCGAGCAUCGUCGCUUGCCGCAGGCAUACUGCGAAACUCGCCACUGCAGCUGUUAUGAAGGCGGCAGUGUUACUCUCUGCCGUGGCGAUUCUCCUCACGGGAGGCGCUUGCGGAGAACGUCGCCUGACGAGGGAAAAGAAAAACUACAUGCCUGACGCGAACAUAUGCUCUUACGAAGAAUCCGAGAUUGCAAGAAUUUCUAAAUGCUACUUCAGCCACUUACCAUCAGAUUUUUCCAAACAGGUGGAGGAGUCGGUAACGUCCCUAUUCAAUGGCAUGAGCAUUGUGCAGACCAUCAUGCUGUUCUGUGAAAUCAAUAACGACGAUGGCUACUCCAUGAUAAAUGCGUGGAUCAAGGAGCUGCCUCCAGAAAACCAGCAAGAUGCUUACGACAGCGCCUGGCAUUGCUUCUCCAAUCUCAAAGAGAUAUUUCUGAGCUGAUACCUUAGAGGGAGAGAAGACACCGUCACUACCGCUGAGAUGUGCCUCCGACGGUUAUACACACACUCUGGACCAGCCCCUUUUCUACGUGCUGGAGGAGGAAAAAAAUAAAGUGUUAAAUGGCAGACCUGAAAUUCUUCCCAUGCUCUUUACGGGUUACGCUUUCACUUUCCCGUGUUCCUGAGAAUAAACUGGUAUGGUAAAAAGAAGCAUGCCUGCCGGUCCCCUGCCAGCAAUUUCCGAACAGGUAGGUGUACCUUCAAAGGGUUGAGGUCCCCGUAAAUAUGUCCCAACACCAGGCCAGGGAGCACGCCUACAGUUGUAGCAAAGAAAGGGUUUCCUCUUUUCGAAUUUCUUUUGUUGCUCUGCUGUAACUCCAGGGGUCCGUUCCGACCCGGAAGUACUACAUUUUCGAUACAAUCAUUACAGGCUCGUUCUUUCUCUUUUCUGGCCCUAGCUUCGGCCUGCCGAACCUGAAAUUGAGAUCGCCUUUUCAACCGUCGCUGACUUCGCGAGCCCAACGCGUCACACAUUCCUCGGCUAGUUCAGCGGCUCUGGCUACCGUGCUAACUUCUGGCCUAUCUUGAACACAGUAGCUCACGUUCUCAGGUAACCGGUUACAAGAUU